AUGCUGGGGACAGUGGACAUAGACGAGUGCUCAGAGGGAACAGAUGACUGCCACAUCGACGCCAUCUGCCAGAACACACCCAAGUCCUACAAAUGCCUCUGCAAGCCAGGCUACAAGGGGGAAGGCAGGCAGUGUGAAGACAUUGACGAGUGUGAGAAUGACUACUACAAUGGGGGCUGUGUCCAUGAAUGCAUCAACAUUCCAGGAAACUACAGGUGUACCUGCUUUGAUGGCUUCAUGCUGGCACAUGAUGGACAUAACUGCCUAGAUGUGGAUGAGUGUCAGGACAACAAUGGUGGCUGCCAGCAGAUCUGCGUCAAUGCCAUGGGUAGCUAUGAGUGUCAGUGCCACAGUGGCUUUUUCCUCAGUGACAACCAGCACACCUGCAUCCACCGCUCUAAUGAGGGUAUGAACUGCAUGAACAAAGACCACGGUUGUGCCCACAUCUGCCGGGAGACGCCCAAAGGUGGGGUGGCCUGUGACUGCAGGCCCGGCUUUGACCUUGCCCAAAACCAGAAGGACUGCACACUAACCUGUAACUAUGGAAACGGAGGCUGCCAGCAUAGCUGCGAGGACACGGACACAGGCCCCAUGUGUGGCUGCCACCAGAAGUACGCCCUCCACUCAGACGGUCGGACGUGCAUCGAGAAGGAUGAGGCUGCAAUUGAGCGCUCUCAGUUCAAUGCCACGUCAGUAGCUGAUGUGGACAAGCGGGUGAAACGGCGGCUACUCAUGGAGACAUGCGCAGUCAAUAACGGAGGCUGUGACCGGACGUGCAAGGACACAGCCACUGGUGUGCGAUGCAGCUGCCCGGUUGGAUUCACACUGCAGCCAGACGGGAAGACAUGCAAAGAUAUCAAUGAGUGCCUGGUCAACCAUGGAGGCUGUGACCACUUUUGCCGUGACACUGUGGGCAGCUUCGAGUGUGGCUGCCGCAAGGGCUACAAGCUGCUGACGGACGAGCGGACAUGCCAAGACAUCGACGAGUGCUCCUUCGAGCGGACCUGCGACCACAUCUGCAUCAACUCCCCGGGCAGCUUCCAGUGCCUGUGCCACCACGGCUACACACUCUAUGGGAUGACCCACUGUGGAGAUGUGGAUGAGUGCAGCAUGAACAACGGCAGCUGUGACCAGGGCUGCGUCAACACCAAGGGCAGCUAUGAGUGUGUCUGCCCACCUGGGAGUCGGCUCCACUGGAACAGGAAGGACUGUGUGGAGACGGGCAGGUGCCUUUCCCGAGCCCAGGCCUCUGCCCAGGCCCAUCUGUCCUGCAGCAAGGUGGGCAGUGUGGAGAGCUGCCUUCUUUCCUGCCCAGCCCACACCCUCUUCGUGCCAGACUCAGAAAACAGCUACGUCCUGAGCUGUGGUGUUCCGGGUCUCCAGGGCAGGACACUACCGAAACGCAAUGGCACCAGCUCUGGCACCGGACCUGGCUGCUCAGAUGCCCCCAGUGCCCCCAUCAAGCAGAAGGCCCGCUUCAAGAUCAGAGAUGCCAAAUGCCACCUCCGGCCCCGUAGUCGGGAGCGAGCAAAGGAGACCCCACGGCAACCACUGCUGGAAAACUGCCAUGUGACGUUCCUGACCCUCAAGUGCGACUCCUCCAAGAAGAGACGCCGCGGCCGCAAGUCCCCAUCCAAGGAGGUGUCCCAUGUCACUGCAGAGUUUGAGGUGGAGAUAAAGAUGGAAGAGGCCUCAGAUACCUGUGAAGCCGAUUGUGUGCGGAAGCGAGCCGAGCAGAGUCUGCAGGCCGCCAUCAAAACCCUGCGCAAGUCCAUCAACCGACAGCAGUUCUACGUGCAGAUCUCAGGCACUGAGUACGAGGUGGCCCAGCGCUCAGCCAAGGCCCUGGAGGGGCUAGGGACGUGUGCCACUGGCCAGGUGCUCCAGGACGGCAAAUGUGUGACCUGUGGGCCUGGCACCUACUUCAGCGGCGAGCAGGGCCAGUGUGUGCUGUGUGUGUCGGGGACCUACCAGGACAUGGAAGGCCAGCUCAGCUGCACACCAUGUCCCAGCAGUGACGGGCUCGGUCUGGCUGGUGCCCACAACGUAUCUGAAUGUGGAGGCCAGUGCUCUCCAGGCUUCUUCUCAGCAGACGGCUUCCAGCCCUGCCAGGCCUGCCCCAUGGGCACGUACCAGCCUGAGCCUGGGCGCACCAGCUGCUUCCCCUGUGGAGGGGGGCUGCUCACCAAGCUGGAGGGUGCCACCUCCUUCCAGGACUGCGAGGCCAAAGUGCACUGCUCCCCUGGCCACCACUACAACACCACCACACACCGGUGCAUCCGCUGUCCUGUGGGCACCUACCAGCCUGAGUUUGGCCAGAACCACUGCGUCACCUGUCCAGGCAACACCAGCACGGACUUCGAUGGCUCCACCAACGUCACACACUGCAAAAACCAGCACUGUGGUGGUGAGCUUGGUGACUACACGGGCUACAUAGAGUCCCCCAACUACCCUGGAGACUACCCGGCCAAUGCUGAGUGCGUGUGGCACAUCGCACCGCCCCCCAAGCGCAGGAUCCUCAUUGUGGUCCCCGAGAUCUUCCUGCCCAUCGAGGAUGAGUGCGGUGAUGUCCUGGUCAUGAGGAAGAGUGCCUCGCCCGCAUCCAUCACCACCUACGAGACCUGCCAGACCUAUGAGAGGCCCAUCGCCUUCACCUCCCGCUCCCGGAAGCUCUGGAUCCAGUUCAAGUCCAACGAAGGCAACAGUGGCAAAGGGUUCCAAGUGCCCUAUGUCACCUACGAUGAGGACUACCAGCAGCUGAUAGAAGACAUCGUGCGUGACGGGCGGCUGUACGCCUCGGAGAAUCACCAGGAAAUUCUGAAAGACAAGAAGCUGAUCAAGGCUCUCUUCGACGUGCUGGCACACCCGCAGAACUACUUCAAGUACACAGCCCAGGAAUCCAAGGAGAUGUUCCCCCGGUCCUUCAUCAAACUGCUACGUUCCAAAGUGUCCCGAUUCCUGCGGCCCUACAAAUAACACUCAGAGCUGUCCUGCUCGGGGAUGGCCAGGGAGCCAAGGAAGAAGAGCUCCUUCCCUCUGUCGUGGGGCUGAAAGGCAGCUCUGUGGGCCACCUCGUUGCCUGGGGAAGCCCAUGAUACGUGCACUUCAGGAAGGCCACCAGCCCCUGGAGGGCCAAGGCUGAGCUGGGCCCCCAUGGGACACUGCUUCUAAAGCCUUUUGCCCUUUGCCUCUCAUCCCCAGACACCAGUAGUGCUUCCCCUGAGCCGGCUCUGGCGCACGCUGCCUGGCCAGGACACGCCGAGGGCACCAGAGAGCAUGCGCUUCUGCCUGAUGCUGUGGGAAAGAGGAGAGUGGCACCCUCCCGGAGGCUCUGUGAGCUUGGCCCCUGUCACCCACAGGAAGCCAGCAGAGAAGGAAGGACAUGUGGAGGCACCAUCUCUGAGGUGACAAGCCUGUGUCGGCACUUGUACGGCUACUACACUGCCAACUCCUCCAGCCAGGAUUGCAGGACAUGGUGCCAUGUCACUGGGCUCUGAGGACUCUGUGACAGAUGGAAGAGAGCUGCUGAGGGAGGAGUGGAGGUCUUCGCCAGCCCUGCUAGAACGGCUGAUGAAGUGCUAUAUACAUAUGUAUAAAUAUAAAUACAAAUAUAUAUCUAUAUAUAUAUACACACACUUCUAUUUGUGGGCACUGUAGGGGUGCUCUCUUCAGCAGCUGUAAACACUCGGUGCCACUACUGUCCCCCCAGCACUCACCCCCUGUGUGGGAGACAGGAGCUGCCGGGCAGGUGCAGCAUGGGCUGGCCCUGGACACCUUGUGAAUAUGAACUUAGGGAACUGAGCUCCCAUGCUGGGUUGGAGGGUUGGCCCUGUCCCAGUCCCUUCACAGUGAUAUCACUGCCCUCAGGACACAGUGGAAGGCAGCCUCCCUUUGGGCCCCUGAAUAAGGGGUGUAAAUAUCCAGCCUUAAACUUAGGAAGGGGCCUGUGGCUAUGACCUUGGGGUCUGAAGUGUGCCUACAUGUCACCAAGAAAUAAGGCUGUGAGGCCUGAGGCCUACCCAAGAGGAGGUGGCCCAGAGGCAGAGGCGGCCUGAGGCAGAGGUGGCCUGGGUCACAAGGCCUGGCUUCAGUGCAGCUUCCCCAUGGGCCUGCCGCCUCCCUCUCAGAGUCUCCUCAAGGCUGCCUUUGUCCCACCAGCCAGGAAGCCAGAGCCCAGGAUGGUGCCAGCUGAGACCUCGCGCACCCAGGGUCUGCGAAGCCUCAGACCGCCUGCUGCCAGCAAGAGGACGAGCAGAGGGAAUGUUCUAUAUUAUUCAGGUUAACAAACUUUAAAAUUCCCAGGAACAUGGGAGCAUCUUACAAUGAACUCCAACCACCAAUGCCAAGUGGCCUCAGGUCUCCUGAUCCCCAGCCCAGCCUGGUGGGUGAGAGGUGAGCAGUUUGAGAAACACACGUGAAACAUAGGACUGUGGACACACAGGCCAGCAAGCAAAGUCUCAAGAUCCAUGGUUGGUGACAGGAAGCAGGACACGGCCCCUCCUCCAGGCCAUAACAGGGCUUGGGAUGCAGGCGUGAGUGGCCCUUACCCUCGCUGCAGAGCUGGGUGCCCAGCUGUACUGACCCUGCUUUCGGUGCCAUCUCUCAAGUCCAGCUCGGGUUUUUGGAGAGCAGCAGACAGGUCAGGGUCAACAGCACUGCUGGGGCCUGCACCACCCCUGGCUGGCCACCGUCCCUGCAGAUCAGCCUUGGUUUCCAGAAAGAAGCCUCCCUCCCUUUGUCAGGCCAUCAGUCACCCCCAGAAGUGAGAGACAGAUGCCCUAGGAAGGGCACAGAGAAGGGUCUGUCCUCUUUAUUGGGGUUCUCUAGGAAAAUGGGACCAACAGCGUGUGCACAUGGACAUUAUUAUGGGAGACCAGAGAUCAUGGAGGUGGCCUCAAAGUUCCGUGAGGUGCUCUCUGCAAGCCAGAGUGCCAAGAGAGCCCUCGGUGGGAUGCAGGGUGAGCACAAAGCCUGAGAAGCUGUGAGCAGGGGCAGUCCUGGAGUCCGAGGCCCAAGAACCAGGAGCACCAAUGUUGGGGACCAAAGAAGAAGGACACCCAGCUCCAAGAAAGCAAAUGUGCCCUUCCCCCACCUCUUUGUCCUGUUGGAGCCCUGGGACCAUCAGCAAAUGCCACCCACACUGGACAGGGCCUGAUUGGCUCAGCCCUCUGAUAAUAGGCUGAUCUCUUCUGGUUACACCCAACAGUCAGACCACCAAGAGCACUUAUGGUUAUCUGGAAUCAACCUAGCACAGGCAAGUUGCCACAUAAAAUUAACCACUGCACUUCUUAAAGGGUUUCCUCCUUUAAUUCUCUCAAAAACCAGAGAGAACAAGAAAGAGCUCUUCAGAUCCCCUGAGUUCUUCCUGUAGAUGCAGAGUCACAGAGACAGGCAGCAGGGCAUGGCCCCUCCUCCAGGCCACAACAAGGUUUGGGAUGCAGGUGUGAGUGGCCCUUACCCACGCUGCAGAGCUGGGUGCCCAGCUGUACUGACCCUGCUUUCGGUGCCAUCUCUCCUCAAGUCCAGCUCGGGUUUGUGGAGAGCAGCAGACAGGUCAGGGUCAACUGACCAGCCCUCUGGGGACUGCACCACCCCUGGCUGGCCACCGUCCCUGAUCAGCCUUGGUUUCCAGAAAGAAGCCUCCCACAUGCCCACUAGGCUGCCCCCCACAUCCUCUCAUGUUCCAUGGCUCUCACUGCCACUGUGGCCACAUCAUGCCCAGUGACCCCAGGGCAGAGCAGGACAGGGGCAAUAUAGAACCCUCUUUCUUCUCUUAUUGUCAAGCCCAUUUUUUAGCUCUCAUCCCACAAAAGAGGACUUGAGGACCAGGUAGUCAGCAGCCCCAGUUCACUAGCUGCCCUCACAGGCCACCACCCUGGCUCCCUCUCACUGCCACCCUUCGCCAUCUGGAUGUCUUGAAGUCCAAGUAGGGUCUGUCCUGUCUCUCUACGCCAGCCUCACCCUAGGAAACUCUGGGUCCCAGCUGUUAAACCCAAAGCCAACCCUGGUCCUCAGGGCCUGGUACUCCCAGGGGACCUUCCAGGAUGCCAGGCCCAUCUCCUUGAGUUCACAUGUUGCAGCCAGAGGCAGAUCGGCUACAUGGCGACCGCUGCCCUUGCUUCAUGGUGGAGGUACAGGGGAGACGUGGGCACGAGGACUGGGCCCAGGCAGGGCAGACGUAUGCGCUAAGGCCUGAAGUAGGGUGGAAGCCAAGGACAGGGUGCGGAUCCUCCCCACUGUCGUGGAGAAGCCAGCACGGCCCAUGCCUGGACUCUGGCCUUGAGCAACCUCAGAUCCUGCUUCAGAGGCCAUUUAGUAAAUUCUCAACAGCCACACUGUCCCCUGUGCUUCCAAGGAAUAGGACCCACAAACAGCUUCUGGAAGCAAAAGCUCUGCCACUCGGACAGAAAGUGCGGACUGUAGGAGCCAGAGUACCAGUGGGUGGUCAGUGACACUCGAGGAGACAAGUAAACUCCAGUGUCUCCACCUGUCCAGCACAAACCAGGUAUGAGUAAGCUGGGUCCUGUGGCAAGCACUGCCUGAGCACCUGCUGUGUGCUGGGCUCCUAGGAAGACAGGGAGCCAGAGCGCUGCCACAGACGCAGGGGCGGCAGCCCGCCUGGAUGUCUCUACCCCACGUCACCACUGGCCUCGCCCACACAGUCCUGACCUGCAGAGAGAGGGGACUUUCUUUUCUCCCAGGGGCACCAGAUACCACACCUCCACCUGGAAAGUUUGAUCAGCCUGGCAAACUGCAUUUUAUAGCAAGACCCCUUAGCUUCACCAAAGACACUCAUGGUGGCAGCUCAGCCCUUCCAACCAAGGUGACAACACCCAACUGAGGUCAUUCAGAGCAAAGGCCAGAGGACUUAGAAAAUGCCUGGAACACUUUGAAACCAGCAAGUGGUCUCUUGGAAAGGCAGGUGUGGAGGUCAUCCUCAGAGCCUAGCUGCUUGGGUGUGGCCUGCGCCGCCUCCCAGCACCCUGCCCAAGCAGCCCCUGUAGAGCAGACCCUGCUUCCCCACAGCCCCCCACACCAGCGUGGCAGCUCCUGCACGGGUCCUUUGAAAUCAUCUGUACACCCAGCCUCAACCGGAAGAAAUGAUGGGGGCACAGUGAACUUUCACUCAGGGGCUCCUACAUCCAGAUGCUGAGCCCAACGCUCUUCCUUCUACAGAGACUAUCCCUUCAGCCCUGCAAGGUUGGCAGGGCGCAACCUGUUCCUUGGUGUGGGACAUUAGGACUCUGGGAGACCAAGUGACACACCCAAGAUGAAGAGUCAGAGGUUUAUACAGCUGGAAGUCAAACCCAAGCCUAUGGAAGCAGUGCAGGAAAUGUCUCUGCAAAAUGUUGGCUGAGCCGGGUGCAGUGGCGCACGCCUGUAAUCCCAGCAGCUCGAGAGGCUGAGACAGGAGGAUCACGAGUUCAAAGCAAGGCAUUAAGCAACUCAGUGAGACCCUGUCUCUAAAUAAAAUACAAAAUAGGGCUGGGGAUGUGCCUCAGUGAUCGAAUGCCCCUGAGUUCGAUUCCCAAUGUGUGUGUGUUGGCUGAGCUGAAUUUUACAGAUUGGAACCUCAGCUGAGUCAGCCAGGCAGCAGCGAGUUGGGGACACGAAGGGUGGAGAGGAUAGCACAAGCAGGCAGGGUAACCUUGACCUCAGUUCCCUCCCUUCUUACCAAGCACUGAGCACUCACUCAGAGAGAGGCCAGACUUCGUCUCCUCUAGGGAAGGGGACAGGCACUCACCAUUCAGACACAAGUUGGCACCAUGCCCUAACCUGCCACAGGUGCCCAUCCUGCUCUCAGGGAGGCAGUGGCAGACCUGGAGUCCCCAGGUGGCUCAGGAGGGCACCACUGUGCCUCAGCAGAGCCCUGUACAGAGCAGGAGGAGAGAACGACUGGCCAGGAGGAGGUCGUUUCAGUCUGAAGGCCAAGGACACCUGCAGGGAGGCCCAGGCACUGAGCAGCCAGGUCACAGCGCUCCGCAGACAGGCCACAGAUGGCUGCACUCUGCCCAUUCCUUCUCCUUGAGCCUGUGAAGGUGCCUUCCAGGACAGGCCCUUGGUAACAAUCCACUGUGAGGGUGACAGAUACCGUCACAGCCACCGUGUCCUUUUAGUUGCCUCAAGUAUUCAAAGCUGUGUUUUCUCCACCCUAUUCUCUCAUACGCAUGUAAUAAAUGUUUGUGAAAUUCACUUUAAUAAUAAACAAAAAAUAAACCUAAA